GGUGUUGGACUGGUUCUAGUUAGCGACUUUUGUCCCACCGGCAUACAGACUGACUCAGCCGCGGUGGCGGAGCAAUGUUUAUGUGUACUAACAGCUAGAAAUAGAGUUUCACUUUCUAAUUUCGUUUAGUUUGCUUCAGUUUUUGUCGCUGACACUCGUUGGACUUAGAUUAUCCAAGAGUUGCCUGAUAGUCUCAACCUGUUCUCGAAGAGCUAAGUCGCUAGCUUCUACUUGGAAACAGUGGGCAGUUUUUCCUCACUGCUGCGCAUUAUUAGAAAGGUGUCAGCAUGCUGCAGUAAUUGAAUUACAGAUUGAUGAAGAUCACAAUGGGCUCCUGGUUGGGGCCUCAGUGUAACAAUGGGAACUGCUCGACCAACAUCUCCAAAGAAUUCUGCUAUUCGGGCCGAAUUCGCAGCACCGUACUCCAAGGAUUACCGUUUGGUGGUGUCCCUACUGUCCUCGCCCUUGACUUUAUGUGCUUUUUGCUGCUGCUGUUCGUGUUUUCUGUGUUGAGGAAGCGAGCGUGGGACUAUGGGCGCCUCGCCCUGGUGACUGACGCCGACAGAAAAAAAGAGAUGGAUCAACGGUAUAGCCGUCUGGAUGAUCGGGAAUACGUGAAUUCCCCUUUGCCAGAACCAAAUGAACGCUAUGCACGCCUCACGUCCGUAUCAAGCUCAAUGGACAUGGACCCGAGAGACACAGGCUUUUGCUCCUGGCUAACAGCCGUCUUCCGUAUCAAGGAAGAGGAAAUAAGGGACAAGUGUGGUGAAGAUGCAGUUCACUACUUGUCUUUUCAGCGGCACAUCAUUGGCCUGCUUGUAGUCGUGGGUGUGCUCUCUGUGGGCAUAAUCUUGCCUGUUAACUUCUCGGGGAACCUUUUAGACGACACUGCCUAUAGUUUUCCACGAACCACUAUAGGAAAUCUAGAUACAGAGAACAAACUACUAUGGUUACACACUAGCUUUGCAUUUCUUUACCUGCUGCUAACAGUGUACAGCAUGAGGCGGCACACGUCAAAGAUGCGCUACAAAGAGGACGAUUUGGUGAAACGCACUUUAUUUGUUAAUGGCAUCUCACAAUAUGCAGAAGAGAGGGAGAUAAAGCAACACUUUGAGCUUGCAUACGAAAACUGCACUGUCCUGGAUGCUCGUAUCUGUUACAAUGUAUCGAAGCUGAUGUAUCUCAGCUCUGAAAGAAAGAAGGCAGAGCGUAGCAAAAAAUUCUUUCUUGACCUGCAAGAUAAGGAGAAUGAGAAAACCAUGAUUAACCCCAAGCCUUGUGGACACCUUUGCUGUUGCAUCAUUAAAGGUUGCGAACAGGAAGAAGCUGUGAGUUAUUAUGCCAAGCUGGAGGCACAAUUAAGGGAUGAAUACAGGAAAGAGAGAGAGAAAGUUAACAAGAAGCCUUUAGGAAUGGCCUUCGUCACUUUUCAAAAUGAGGCCACAACUGCCAAAAUUUUAAAGGACUUUAAUGCUUGCAAGUGCCAAGGCUGCUACUGCCGUCGUGAACCCAAGAGCUCUCAGUUCAGCUCCAGGCUGCACACCUCCAACUGGACCGUCACUUACGCCCCCGAUCCACAAAACGUCUACUGGGAGCAUCUGUCAUUGGGAGGAUUUAAAUGGUGGGUCCGCUGCUUCAUCAUCAACUGCGUCCUAUUCCUUCUCUUGUUCUUUCUGACCACCCCAGCCAUUAUCAUCACCACCAUGGACAAGUUUAACGUCACCAAACCAGUGGAGUACUUAAAUAACCCCAUCGUAACCCAGUUCUUCCCCACCCUCCUGCUGUGGUCUUUCUCUGCUUUGCUUCCCACCAUUGUCUACUACUCCGCUUUCUUCGAAGCCCACUGGACCCGGUCAGGAGAGAACAGGACCACAAUGCACAAAUGCUACACUUUCUUGAUUUUUAUGGUCCUGUUGCUGCCCUCCCUUGGACUCAGCAGUUUGGAUGUUUUCUUCCGCUGGCUUUUUGACAAAAGUUUUUUGGAUGAAGCUACAGUGAGGUUUGAGUGUGUGUUCCUCCCUGACAAUGGAGCCUUCUUUGUGAACUACGUCAUUGCUUCUGCAUUCAUUGGUAAUGCUAACGACCUGUUGAGGAUCCCCGGUUUACUGAUGUACAUGAUCCGCCUGUCCUUGGCUCGCUCCGCAGCCGAGAGGAGGAACGUGAAGAAGCACCAAGCUUAUGAGUUCCAGUUUGGGGCAGCUUACGCCUGGAUGAUGUGUGUCUUCACUGUGGUUAUGACCUACAGCAUCACCUGCCCAAUCAUCGUCCCAUUUGGGCUGAUGUACAUGCUGCUGAAACACCUAGCAGAUAGGUACAACAUGUACUAUGCCUAUCUGCCAACAAAACUGGACAAGAAGAUCCAUUAUGGAGCUGUUAACCAGGUGGUGGCGGCUCCUAUCCUCUGCCUCUUUUGGCUUCUGUUCUUUUCCACCGUUCGCUCUGGGUUUACUGCUUCAACAUCCAUGUUUACUUUUGUGGUUCUGAUCAUCACAAUCAUCAUUUGCCUUUCUCACGUCUGCUUUGGGCAUUUUAAGUACUUAAGUGCUCACAACUACAAGAUUGACCAGGAAGUGGAUGGAAUGGAGGACGGACAUUCAGCAAGCCCUUCAUCUGCCGGCAAGACAACGCAAACAUACAUAUGUCAAGUACUUCAAGAUCCCUCGUCGGAGGAGGCUGGAUCAGGCAACGGAGAGGACGACGGGCAGGGGUCCUCGCAGGAUGAGGAAAUGAUCCAGGCUGGAAACAACCUGACCAGCGACUUCCAGUCCGGGGAGGCCAGUCUCAUUGAGAACGAGGUGAGGCAGUGAGGCAGUCUGGGACACGAAGACUAACGUCAAACGAAACUUGAUGAGUGCACUAAAUGUGUGACGUUAACAUGGAAGUGAACCAGCAGUUCACCAAAGCAUCUCAGCCUCCAUCAAGGGACCUUCCCCUGACUAACAUAAGCACACCGUCUACUAAAGAUUCAAUAGUUGUUUCUCAAGGACGUCUUCUUCAUCAGGUCUCGUAAAAGAACAUCUAGUGGGAAUCUACUUUGACGAGGCAGGAGCGGAAAAGACAAGGCUCUACCCAAACACUGCUUAUCAACCAAUGGAAGAAGAUGCUGAUGCACAAAUGAAGAGGUUUUGCCUUUUUUUGUGAAGGGAGAGAAGUUCUCUGUAUUUUCUUAACUUUAUUGUACUUGAAUGUUAGAAACAGGGAGCUCAGGUUUCUCUGAGGUACUGCAUUGUCGCAUGUAAAUUCAAAGGAUGGAGCAACUGUUUUUUUGUUGUUUUUUUUUUCUCGUAAUGCUUCAUUGGUGUGUCUAACUGUCAGCUUUAGAAGCUUCCCAUGAAUUAGCAGCUUACUAAUGUCGGCCUAAUUGGAGCUUUAGCGACGGAUUUAAAACGGUUCUUCCAAUUCCAUAGGAGCCUUUAAAGAUAAAAGAAAUUGCUACUAACACUCCUGGAGGCUUUGACACUACAUCUAUACAACUCUGGAUUUGUGAAGUAGCCUUUUUCGACCUGAUAUUUAUUGUAAGCAUGAUAUUUUUAAAUUCUGUCCAGCCUGAUGCUACUUUAAACUGUGGAAUAUGGUAUUUAAUUCAUCGUAGCACACUACACUGGCACAAUGCUCAACCUCUGAGCCUUUGUAGGGACUGCUGCUCCUGAUGUUGCCCUCCCUAUGCCAGAAUAGGGCGGGGUUCCUUGCACAGCUACCGCAGCAGAAACUGGAGGCUGAGAAUCUGUUGCUCAGAGGAGGCCUUUUCAGAUGACACUAUGACUAGUUCUUUAUGCAUCGUUUUUGUUUAAAUCUUCUCGUUAAUGUUUACAGCUUGACGUAGAGGUUAGAGAAUAGGCAUCAAAUUUAGAUGGCUGCUUAAAGUUUUAUGAUUUGGUUAAAUUCAUUUCUCACCCCAUCCCUCUUUACUAACUUUUUAUUUACACACUUUGCGACGUACAGUAGCAGUCAGACGUUUAUCCAACACAUCAUCAGAGUGAAGCAGGCGAUGUGGCUGUACAACAAGCAAAUUCAGCAAAAGUGUUUAAACAAAGCUAACUGGGUGCACAAGUUUGUGGGUUUAGACAAAUUUCAAUACAUGUCCUAAGCAAGAUGUAGAGAAACCUCAGUUUUUGUUGUCAUAAACAAAUUUCUGAUAGAUUUUUUUGGCUCAGUCUUUGUCCACUCUUCAUAUCAGAAACAGCUGACUUCAUAUAAGCUGGCUGGCUUUCUUUCAUGAGGUCUUUACGCCGUUACAGAAGCUUAAUUUCUUGCUGUAUCGAUUCCAUGAAUGUUUGGGAACAUUGCACCGUUGAGACUCCUGAAUAUGCCUCAAGCUGUUAAUUUGAGGUGAAGUUGAAGAGUUUAGAGGUAGCCUUCUUAAUAUUCCACACAAUCAGCCUCUUAGAUUGGCAGGGAAACAGUCUCUUAGCAUGAUGCAUGACAGUUGGUACAUUGUCAUAGUGAUCAGAUUUCAGUUCAGUUUGGAGCAGGAGCUUUUUAUCUUGAUACCUUCCAGUUUUAUAUUCCUGAGCCUUUUGGUUCCUGAACAUUGUUAACAAGUUCAGGUGGUUGAAACUUGGACUUCAUCAGCUUCAUCAAAGAUCCUUUACACUCGUCAAAACUGAUCUUGUAAUGGAUAAAGCUAAAAUCAUUAAGCUUCUGGAAUGGUACUGACCUCAAUUCUACUGAAUAUAUAGGGGAAAAAAUCCUUGGUAAUUCAAACUUGUUCUCCCAAUUCUUAAUUUUGAAACUUCCUUGGAGUUAUUUGUCGUUUAAUCAAUUCCCUCUAGAAUAAAAUAGACUCAUGCAUAAAAAAAAACACAAAUUAACAGCAUUCACGCCAAUGAUGAUUGUUUGUGAA